UUUUUCCAAUUGGACGUGAAAUAAGUAUAUAUAUAAGGCAUUCGGAAUUGAAGUAUUUGAUUGAAGAUUUCAUGGAUAAUCAUCAUUCUUUGCUAAAAUCAUGGUCGUUUGUGAAGCAUGAAGAUGAAUUCUGCAUUUUUAAUCGUUUUGAUCAUUGCAUGUUGUAUUGGAUGCGUCGUUUCUGUUUGUUAUCGGGAAGUAGGAUGUGUAAACACGAGGAAAAAAUAUAGAGAUUAUAAAAUCGGACAAAGAUGGAAAUCAUCAUCGGAUCCAUGUUAUUCUUGCAAAUGUAUUAAAAGAAAGAAAUUCGCGAUGGCAUGUCUCGAGCCUGUGAAUAAACGAACGGAAUUAUCAGUCAGAAAAAGUUUAUUCACUGGACGAUUUGAAUCAUCCGUAAACUACAAUUUGUCCGAAGACAGAAGAAUUUCCGAACUUGAAACAAUGGAAUGCCCACCAACGCUAAUACCAGUCUACAAUUGGACAACUGGAACGUUUGAACCAACCAAGAUAGUUUAUUACUACUAUAUCAGAAAAGUAUCGAGAUGUUGUAGUAGGUUCACCAAGUUUUCCUACGUGCACCCUUCAUGCAAGGUUGUUAAAAUCAGCAGAUGCCAAUCGAAAGCGGUAAUGAAGAAUAAUCCGCGUAAAAUAUGCGGCAAGAGGAUGUCUUGAGUUGGAUGAAACAAUAUCGCAAAUUGCCAAGUUUAUUUUGUCAAUAAUAUAGAUAGGCUUUACAGAAAAAUAAUAUAAGAAUCUUGUUUCAAUAUUACAAUUAGGAGGGUGUUGAAAAUGACAAACUGUUCAUGCAGCUGGUGUCAGUCGAUUAAAAGUUGCUCCACAGUUUUUAUCUUUUUUUAUUAUAUAAAUACUUAACCAUGCAUUAAAGUGAUAUCAGUUUCAUUUUUAAAUGUAGGUAUCAGCUUUAUUGUUAUUCACUUUCUGUUUGUUUUUUGUGUCACAAUGACGUCAUAUGGUAAUCAGGAGGUAAUAGCGAUUGCUUGAUUGAUGGUUUCGAAUGUUGUUUUUUCCCUCAUUAGCAUCAGUCCAUUAAAUUACGCGUGUUGUACGAGUUUGGUUCAGUUUGACAGAGAGAAAAUUAAAAUGUGCUUAUGACUAUUCAUGUCCAACAAUGUACGAUAAAAAUAGAAGGUCAUCUGACAAGAGCAUUCUGAAAAUAGUCGUACAUGUUCUAUUUUUGUGUGGCUUUCAGUUAAUUAUAGUAGAUGACGUCAAUUUCCCGACAUGAAUCAAUUAUAAAUUCCAUUUUAAUAACAUUCCUCAACAAAAUUGAUAGCUAUUUCUCUGUAGAUAUGUAGAAUUGACUAAAUUCAGACAUCCCUGAAGAUUUGCAAAUCUCUUAUAGCGUUUUUAAAAUACAAAAAAGACGCCCAAACAUGGA